AUGACUGUUACCCAUUCAGGCCCGAGUGGCAUUGCGCCGCCAGGCUCAUCCGGUAUUAAGGUUAUCAUUGUUGGACUGGGUCUUGCGGGACUCACUGCUGCUAUUGAAUGUCAUCGUAAAGGGCACAGCGUGAUUGGACUGGAGAAAACCCCUAAGCCAACACAUCUUGGUGACAUCUUCAGCAUUUCUAGCAAUGGGGCUCUUGUGAUCUCCAAGUGGGACGAUGGGGUCAUCGCUCGCGAGUUGGACUCCGUUCGCUGCGAUGUUGAUACCAUCACCGUCUGGGACGAAUACGCCAACGUGAAGCUUCGGAAAGAUAUGAAUGGUUAUAAGGAGGGCGAGGGUCUUGUCCUCAACCGCUCAACAACAGUGACCACUUUGUAUGAGUACGGAAAAAGUCUUGGAAUCGAUCUGCGAUUUGGAGUAUCGGUGUCCGAUUACUGGGAGGAUGACGAGCAGGCGGGCGUUAUUGUGGACGGUGAGCGAUUUUCUGCAGACUGUGUUAUUGCUAGUGAUGGUAUCCAUAGCAAAGCACGACCGAUUAUCACAAGAGAUACAAGACCUCUGACAAAGAGUGGUGCUGCCACAUAUCGUGCCGGAUAUCCAGCUGAAGUGCUGAAAGACCACCCAAAGGCACAAUGGGUUCUGGAGGGGACUGAGAAAGCGGAUCAACUAAACCAUUUCAUCGGCAAGGAUAUCGCAGUCAUCAUUGGCACUGGCAGGCAUGGUAAAGACGUGUACUGGGGAUGCUUACAUCGAAGCAAUGACGGCGUAUCCAAAUCCUGGCUCCAGCCAUCUGAUGUCACCAAGGCCCUAUUGUUGAUUGAAGAUUGGCCCGCAAAAGAGAAAGUCGGAGCAGUGAUUAGAUGCACGCCGAACAUGACUUGCUUUGAUCAUCUGGUUAUGGCUGUUGAUCCUUUAACUGGCUGGGUCUCAAAGAAGGGACGGAUGAUUGUCAUCGGUGAUGCCGCGCAUGCGUUCAUUCCUACUUCUGGCCAGGGUGCUAGCCAGAGUAUCGAAGAUGGUGCCGUGGUUGCCAUUUGCUUAGAGCUAGCUGGAAAGAAUCGAAUUCCACUUGCGCUUCAGGUCAUGCAAAAAUUAAGAUACGAACGAAUCUCUCUUAUCGGAGACGGAAGCGCAAAGAUGUUGGAAUCGCUUCACAUGGCGAAUUGGGAUGCGAAGCAGCAAGACAAAUUGCCCACAUUGAUCGCCCGUGCCAUGUGGAUCUUCGAUCACGACUGUCAGAAAUCCACAUAUGAGGAGUUUAGCAAGGCUGCGGAGGCAGUGAUCACAGGUGGUCCGUAUCUUCCGGCCAAUAUUGCAACCGAUGGUAGGUAUGGGAUUGUGGAGGAAGAAGGCAAAUCGACUGUGAAAGUCACCGCGGCGAGCGUUGACAGCCUUUUUGCUCAGUAG